UCUCCUACAUAGUGCACUAUGUCGGCUGUCGGCCAUUUUGUAGUUUUGUCCGAAUUCUGAGUGAACAACUUAAUUCCCUACAUUCGUUCACUCGUUUAUACCCACAAUGCAGUCUGAUUUCAGUGGACAUCCCCAUGUACACUCGCCAAUGCACUAUUUUCCAUACUCCAGCGCGAGACAUCUGUAUAAUAAAUACAUAAAUAAAUACAUAUGUAUCACGAUAUUUCGAAUCGAUGGGAGUGUCGCAACUCUCUUUUUCAACGGCGCUGACAAAACACCCUUCGUUGACUCUGCUAAAGCUAGCGGCGUCGUAUUGCGUGCGUUUAAAGUCAUUUACCAUCAACUAGGAAACAUUAGUACUUCCGGAUCAUGUCCAAAGCCGAUGUUCCGCUUCGGAUCCUGUGUAUUCACGGCUAUCGGCAAAGCAGCACCUCUUUCCGAGAGAAGACUGGAGCCUUGCGAAAACUUUUUAAAAAACAGGUUGAAUUCGUGUACAUUGAUGCGCCACAUAAAGUCCCCACUAGUAACGACUCCGAGGUGCAAGAGAAGCCUGCCAGUGUGGAUGAGAAUCAGAGGGCCUGGUGGUUCUCUGAUGUCCAGGCUCGCAGCUUUGAUUCCAGGCAGGAGUGUGAGAGCAGCCUUGGUUUGGAGCAGAGUCUGGAGGCUGUGCGGAUAGCAGUGAUGGAUUUGGGCACCUUUGAUGGAAUCCUGGGCUUUAGUCAAGGUGCUGCCUUGGUAGCCAUGCUGUGUUCCUUGCAGGAGCAGAAAUUAGACCCUACAUUUAACUUCCGCUUUGCCAUCCUGAUUGCCGGUUUCCGCAGUGCUUGUGCCCAGCAUGAGUACUUCUACAAGGGUGUGAGUAUCAUGGUGCCCUCACUACACGUGUUUGGGCAGGAUGAUAAGGUAAUUUCAGAGCAGAUGAGUCGAGACCUGCUGCCCCUUUUCCUAGGAGCUCGCAUCCUCACUCAUCAAGGUGGACAUUUUGUUCCUGCUUCCUCUACACACAAACACAUCUACCAGGAGUUCCUGAAGAGGUUUCAGUAGAAUAAGGAGAAGCAUGCAAAAAAAAUACAGCCACAACCUUUUAGUGUAAUUUAAUAUGGGGAAACCAUAUACACUAUAUGCCCAGAAGUUUGUGGAGACCUGACCAUCACACUGUAUGUGCUUUUUAAACAUCUAAUUCCAAAUGUAGUGUCCCCUUUGAUGUUAUAAUUACCUCCACUCUUCUGGGAAGGCAUGCUACUAGAUUUUGGAAUGUUGCUGUGGGUUUUCCUUAUUCAGCCACAAGAAUAUUAGUGUGGUCAGAUCUUGGAUAAGGAGGCCUGGGGCACAGUCGGCAUUCCAGUUCAUCCAGUGGUUCCAACUUUGUGACAACAGUUUGGGGAAGGCCCACAUAUGGGUUUGAUGUUCAGGUGUUCACAAACUUUUGACCAUAUAGUGUAUAUGACGAACUGUAUAAUUCAUGCAAGGGGUUUUUUUUUUUUUUUUUUUUUUCCAUAAAACGGUUUAAACCACACACGGUGGCUUAGUGGUGAGCACAUUUGCCUUACACCUCCAGGGUUGGGGGGUCGAUUCCCGCUACAGCCCUGUGCGUGCAGAGUUUGUAUGUUCUCCCUGUGCUACGGGUGUUUCCUCCGGGUACUCCUGUUUAGUUCCCCAAUCCAAAGACAUUUAUGGUAGGCUGAUUGGCAUGUCCAAAGUGUCUAUAGUAUAUGAAUGGUUGUGUGAGUGUGUAUGUGAUUAUGCCCUGUGAUGGAUUGGCACCCUGUCCAGGGUGUACCCUCCCUUGUGCCCAAUGCUCCCUGGGCAGGUUCCCUGUGACCCAGUAGGAUAAGCAGUAUAGAAAAUGGGUGGAUGGAUCGAUGUUUGAAACAGGUUGUACAUAUCUAGAUGUUCUCAGAACAUACUUAAAAUAAAGUUAUUUAAACUUAUUUGCUUUUUACAUAUCCACUCCAUUACCGUAUCCUUCCCUCAUAGCCCACAAUAAAAAUACACAGAUACCAGAUACAUUCACCAGUAAAUGUUUAUUGUACUUAGCUGCACGUCGUGUUGUCUUAUUACGUCUUAGUCCAGGUUACCGGAAGCAAAUGACAAACCCCGGAAGCGAUCCAGAAAGCCGGGAGGCCGGGAAUACAAAGCACAAGUUAAUUCCUGUAUAAAAGUGAAUUUUAUAUAUAUUAUGUUAUAUAAUGAAUAUUAAUGAUUGGGUAUAUAUGUUAUGAUACUGAAGAUUAUAUGUUGUAUGUAUUGUUGUUUAUGAAAAGUUACUGUUUUAAUGCUUGCCUCAGGAAGAACAUGGAGGAGUCCAUAUGUUUUCCCCUAUUUUGUCUUCUUUUUUGGGCCUUCACAUGGAUGUCCAUAUUUUUGUGCACGUUUGGUGGAUUGUAAAUAGACUGUAAGUUGGAGCACUGUCAAUAAAACACCUUUGCAGAAAAGUGCUAUUGUAGCCUUGCCAUCAA